UCCUGCGUUACGUGAACGCAGCACCUUUGGCAGGAUUUGUGUGGUAACGUUUCUCAAACACAGCAGCGUUUGCCACCGGACUGCGCGUCAAGAUGCCCGUGGACUUAAGCCAGUGGAGCGGAUCCCUCGCACUGCAGGAGGUCGAGGAGAAGCCAGCGCAACCCCUGACUGUGAAAUACGGCUCUGUGGAAGUCGACGAACUUGGCAAAGUGCUCACCCCCACGCAGGUGCAGAGUCGACCCACCUGCCUCGAGUGGGACGGAUGCGACGCCAGUAAACUGUACACUCUUGCCCUGACCGACCCUGAUGCUCCCAGCAGGAAUGAGCCCAAGUUCCGGGAGUGGCACCACUUUCUGGUGGUCAACAUGAAGGGGAAUGAUGUGUCAUCUGGCUGCGUCUUGUCGGACUACGUUGGUUCUGGUCCCCCCAAGGGCACAGGUCUCCACAGGUACGUGUGGCUGGUCUACGAGCAGCCAGGCAGCCUGUCUUGCUCGGAGCCCGUUCUCACCAAUCGCUCUGGAGACGGUCGUGGCAAAUUCAAGAUCCAAAACUUCAGGCAGAAAUACAAGCUGGGAGCUCCAAUAGCAGGAAACUGCUACCAGGCCCAGUGGGACAGCUACGUCCCCAAACUCUACGAGCAGCUGUCUGGAAAAUAAAAGGACUCGACUAACGCAGUAUGCACUAGGGAUCCUCACGCAGAAAAUUCCCACUGUUGUAAAAAAUCUACAAUUUCUGCAAAUAUGCCACUGGAUGAUCGUGUUGAAUUCCAUGCAGUGUCAAAACUUACAGUGAUGCCACCUGUACUUACCUGCAAUAAAUCUGUUAAACACUGAAA